GCAUGGAAAUGGUUUUUGGUUCGUAAAGGGAAGCGAAUUCCCGGUCAAAGUAAUAUCAUAUAUGCAGGAAAUUCCUCGGUGGAUAUCAUUUAAAAAAAAAAAAAAAGAUCAACGGUGACUGAGGUGUCAAUGAUAGUGCUGGCCUUAUUUGUGUUGCCGUCAGAUUCCUAGUAUGGCGACUGAAAGUGGUAGAAGUUUUGCAAGGAGGGACAGGUUGCGAGAGAUUGAGGUCAAGGUUCGAAAAUGGUGGGAUGAAAAGGAUGUUUUCAAGGCCGAACCUUGUGAGAAGCUUCCUGAGCCUGGCGAAAAAUUCUUCGGCAACUUUCCCUUUCCUUACAUGAAUGGAUACUUACAUCUUGGGCAUGCAUUCUCACUUUCAAAAUUGGAGUUUGCGGCAGCUUAUCAUAGAUUGAGAGGUGCCAAUGUGUUGCUGCCAUUUGCUUUCCAUUGCACUGGUAUGCCCAUCAAGGCCUCAGCUGAUAAACUUGCAAGAGAGAUUCAGCAAUUUGGAAAUCCACCUGUCUUUCCUAGUGAAGUAGAGGAACAAGAAGAUGAGCCUUCAAAGAAUGCGGAUAACAGUGGAGGGGCAGUUCCAGGUAAAUUUAAAGGGAAGAAGUCCAAGGUUGCUUCAAAAUCAACUGGACAGGCCUUUCAGUGGGAAAUUAUGCGUAGCUUUGGCAUAUCUGAUAGUGAGAUAUCUCAAUUCCAGGAUUCUUAUAAAUGGUUGUCCUACUUUCCUCCACUGGCUGUCGAGGACCUUAAGGCAUUUGGGCUGGGUUGCGACUGGAGGAGGUCCUUCAUCACAACAGAUAUGAACCCAUAUUUCGACUCCUUUGUUAGAUGGCAGAUGAGGAAGUUGAAGUCCAUGGGCAAGGUUGUCAAAGACAUUAGAUAUACAAUAUUUUCUCCCUUGGAUGGCCAGCCAUGUGCAGAUCAUGAUAGAGCUAGUGGUGAAGGGGUUCAGCCCCAAGAGUACACUAUCAUAAAGAUGGAGGUCCUUCAACCUUUUCCCACUAAGUUUGGAGUGCUGGAGGGAAGAAAAGUAUAUUUGGCUGCUGCGACAUUGAGGCCUGAGACUAUGUAUGGCCAAACUAAUGCAUGGGUUUUGCCUGAUGGAAAUUAUGGAGCCUUUGAAGUCAAUGAAACUGAUGUGUUUAUUCUCUCAAAAAGAGCAGCGCUUAAUCUUGCCUAUCAGAAUCACUCACGAGUCCCUGAGAAACCCACUUGCUUGCUUGACCUGACUGGUUAUGACUUGAUUGGCUUGCCAUUGAAGUCUCCUCUUUCAUUGAACGAGGUCAUUUAUGCUCUUCCAAUGUUGUCAAUUUUAAUGGACAAAGGUACUGGGAUAGUUACUAGUGUGCCUAGUGAUGCCCCUGAUGACUACAUGGCCUUGCAUGACUUGAAGUCAAAACCAGCAUUCAGAGCAAAGUAUGGUGUCAAGGAUGAAUGGGUAUUGCCCUUUGAAAUAGUCCCUAUUAUUGAAGUUCCACAGUUUGGAAAUAAGUCUGCAGAGACAGUUUGCUUGCAGAUGAAAAUAAAAAGUCAGAAUGAGAAAGAAAAACUUGCAGAAGCCAAGAAGCAAACAUACCUGAAAGGAUUCACUGAAGGAACAAUGAUUGUUGGAGAGUUUUCAGGAAAGAAAGUUCAGGAAGCCAAACCAUUGAUUAGAACUAAACUUUUAGAGACAGGUCAGGCUAUUGUUUACAGUGAACCAGAGAAGCAGGUGAUAUCACGAUCUGGUGAUGAAUGUGUUGUAGCUCUUACAGAUCAAUGGUACAUUACAUAUGGAGAAACGGAAUGGAAGAAGCUAGCUGAGGAGUGCCUGUCAAGUAUGAAUCUUUAUUCUGAUGAGACACGACAUGGCUUUGAGCAUACUUUGGACUGGCUAAAUCAGUGGGCUUGCUCACGAUCGUUUGGUCUGGGGACACGCAUACCAUGGGAUGAACAAUACCUGGUUGAGUCUCUAUCUGAUUCCACUCUUUAUAUGGCUUACUACACUGUCGCUCAUAUUUUACAGAAUGGAGACAUGUAUGGAUCAGGUUCGUCUCCUGUUAAACCUGAACAAAUGACUGAUGAGGUUUGGGAUUAUAUAUUCUGUGGUGGACCGUACCCUAAAUCAACUUAUAUCUCUUCAUCUAUUCUCCACAAAAUGAAACUUGAGUUUGACUAUUGGUAUCCCUUUGAUCUCCGGGUUUCUGGUAAGGACCUGAUCCAGAAUCAUCUUACGUUCUGCAUUUACAAUCAUACUGCAAUUCUGCCCAAGCAUCACUGGCCUCGUGGAUUUAGAUGCAAUGGCCACAUCAUGCUCAAUUCGGAGAAGAUGUCUAAAUCUACUGGAAAUUUCAGGACUUUGCGUCAGGCAAUUGAGGAGUUUUCUGCUGAUGCUACGCGAUUCUCUUUGGCUGAUGCUGGUGAUGGUGUUGAUGAUGCAAAUUUUGUGUUUGAGACUGCAAAUGCUGCAAUUCUCAGGCUUACCAAAGAGCUUGCAUGGUAUGAAGAUGUUUUAGCCUCUGAAUCAUCAAUGAGAGCUGGCCCUCCAUCUACUUAUGCUGAUCGUGUGUUUGCCAAUGAAAUAAAUAUUGCUGUCAAAACAACUGAGCAGCAUUAUAGGAAUUACAUGUUCCGAGAAGCUCUCAAGACUGGCUUUUAUGACCUUCAGACUGCCAGGGAUGAGUAUAGAUACUCAUGUGGAGUUGGAGGCUAUAAUCGUGAACUAGUGCAGCGCUUUAUGGACGUUCAAACACGUCUUAUAGCACCAAUAUGUCCACAUUAUGCUGAAUAUGUUUGGAGAGAGCUUUUGAAGAAGGAUGGUUUUGUAGUGAAUGCGGGUUGGCCUACUGGGGAUGCUCCGGAUCUAACCCUAAAGAGUGCCAAUAAAUAUUUGCAGGACUCAAUUGUUUUGUUGAGGAAGUUGCUUCAAAAGCAACUUUUUGGUUCAAAGAAGGCCAAUAAAGCAGGUGCUCAAGUUGCAUCACCGGACAGCAAGUUAACUGGCUUGAUAUAUGUGAAUGAACAAUUUGAUGGUUGGAAAGCUGAAUGCCUGAGAAUUCUUCAGAGCAAAUUUAAUCAUGAAACCCGUACUUUUGCUGCGGAUGGAGAGAUUAUUGAGGCUUUACAAAAGAGUUCUGUUGGUCAGUCCUCCAAUUUUAAACAAAUCCAAAAGCUUUGUAUGCCUUUCUUGAAGUUUAAGAAGGAGGAAGCAAUUGCACUUGGGGCUCGGGCUCUGGAUUUGAGAUUACCAUUUGGUGAGAUUGAGGUUCUUCAGGAAAACCUGGACUUAAUCAAGAGACAGAUAGGUCUUGAAGAUGUGGAAAUUUUGUCUGCUGGAGAUGCUGAUGCUGUUGCUAAAGCGGGUUCUUUAGUUUCUCUUCUAAGUCAGAAUCCCCCAUCUCCUGGAAACCCAACGGCUAUUUUCUUAACUAGAUAGCUCCUGUAUGAGUUUUAGGACAUUGGUUUGUUUUGCUAUAAAAACAUGCGGGAUCAUACCUUUUUUGUUUCCUUAUAUGCUGUCUUGGUUGUUGUUAAGUUGACUCCUUGGUUGAGAUUCUUUUUUUUCCUUCCUGCUA